ACUGGAUAAGCCCAGUAACAAGCACCAUUGUCAGCACCACUGACUCAGUGCUAGCGCCAGGCCCUCACUCCUCAGGUCUGAAAUUCAAAAUGGCCGCCAAUUUAGCUGCAAGUGAAGAGUUUAGAAUUUGGCUAGAAACCCAGGGAAAUUUACGCUUUAAAGAAGCAUUAAAAUUAUCAAAAGAGGGUUCUGGAAAUGAUCGUGAAACUGAGCCAUAUAAAUCGAAAUACGCCGCACGGGAAAUACUGUUGAAUAUUAAAAAUAAAUUGGAAUCAUUUAUUGUUGAUGAAUGUGAACUAAAAUUGAUAUUGAUUUCGGUUAAAUGCGCUGUACAUUAUGAACUUGGUUUAAAUCAUAUUGAGACGGAUGAAAUAAGCACUGGAGAACGAUAUUUAAACGGUGUUAAAGAGAAUUUCGAAGAAUAUAAAUUGAAACCAGAAUUUUGUAUAGUUAUGGUAAAAUGCUUGCAACAACUUGGAAUGAUAUGGAACGAAAGGGGUGACAUUGAGAAGUGCCUUGCGUAUUUUACUGAUGCAGAAAUAUUAUAUAAUGAGUAUACGGCAAUUUCUGAAGUAGCACCCUGGAAUACUGACAUGUUAUUUGCUUUUGGUAGUGGAAGCAACUCUGGCAAAGAAAGUGAAUUUGAAAGUCUACAUACUCAUACGUUUUAUUAUUUAACUCAAGCAUAUAAAAACAAUGGACAAAAUAAGAAAUCAGCUGAGUAUGGACACAAAACAUUACAAAGACAACUAUCAACAAAAAUCUAUGAUCCUGUAGACUGGGCAGUAAACUGUGCCACAUUGUCACAAUAUCACUUGACACAAGGGGAUUAUACAAGUGCAAAACAUUGUCUAGCUGCUGCAAGUUGCAUUAUUGUUGAGUGUGGAAAUUAUGAAGAACAAGCAAGUCUUGAUGUUGAGAAUGAAGGAGAGGAAGACAGAAAACAACGAGAAAGAAUUCCAGAGGCAAAAGCAAAUGUUGCCCUAUGUUGGAGUAAAUAUUUUUUAAAUUUAUUGAAAUUAUCUGCAGAAAGCGAAUAUGACGAGGACACAGAUCAGCCUGAGGAAACUAAAGAUCUAAAUAUACUUCAAUUUGAAGGAUUAGAUGUCUCUCAAAUUGAAUCAGAAAUUUCCUUCAGUAGAGCAAACAACUUUGACGAGGCACGUCUUCUUUUCCUUGCUGGUCAAAAACAUCUCAAUGCUGCAAAGCAGUUUUAUCAACUUGACGGGUACGUCUUGAAUUAUGUGGAAAUCAUUCAAGACCACAGUCAGUUGUUCCGAUAUCUUACUGCUUUCGAGACGGACUUGGAACGACAAUGUAAAAUGUGCAAAAGAAGAAUAGAUAUGUUGACUGAAGUAUUAAUAGAGUUGAAUCCCCAGCAUUAUUUAUUAAUUUGCCGCCAGCUUACUUAUGAAAUUGGUUCCGUGUACGGAGAUAUGGCAGAUCUAAAGAUGGAAAUUAUAAAAACUGCAAACCAGGAUAAACCUUCAGUACAUCAGAUAAAGAAAAUCAACUCUCUGCUGUGCAACAGCGCCAAGUUUUUCUCAAAUUUUAUCGAUUCAAUGAAGCAAGAAGGAAAGUUACCAGAAAAGUUUGACGAGUCUCUAUUGCGUGUUGCACUACUUGCGCACGUGUAUCUUGCACGUGCGCACGCAAAACAAAUCUGCGCAACGCGCGAGGAGAGAUUGCUGAAUCAGCAAAAAGCUUUAGACUUGUACAAGUUUGUUGUGAAUUAUUGUGAUAAUGACGAGAAUGGUGCGAGAGCUUUCCAAGAUGAGUUAGUAGCUUGUAGAGAGAUGGUCGACUUAUUGCCAUUUAGAUUGGAUCAAAUUGGACAGAAAGAAUAGAAUAUGGGACUAUAUCCUGAGCGUGAACCAGUUUCCUAAAUAGAGAAAAAACGAACGAUAUUCAUUGUCUUGUUUAAGGCGGAGAUAUUUUUAUUUCUAAUAUUUUGUUUCUUUUUAUUCUAAUAAGUGUCACAUGACAGUUGCUGCUCUGUAUUGGGUUCAGAAGUCAAGUAUCAAAGUUGAGGGUAGAACUGUCGAUGACAAAAAAUACUAUAUUUAUAUAAUGUACGUUAUCUUGGUAUUCCAGACUCGCGGCUGCACGGGUUAUUGAUAGUCGAACUUAUAGACAAAGUAGAUAAUGGUAGAAAGUUAACGAAACAACGUGGUUAUAUAUCUGAAUAAAA